AUGGAACUUAUACAGCGAGUUCUUGAAUGGGGCCGAGAGCAUAGGGCCAUGGGCUUCAUUGAAUCCAUUGGGGACAGUUGGACACCGACAGAACGACAGCGUUUUCUCGACAUGUGGAAAGAUGACGAGCGGUACGGUCGAUAACGUUUAGUAGUGGCACCGUACUCGAGAAUAUGAUGUCAACGUGGACGGAUGAGCAGAGAGCACGGUUCAAACACGAUUGGGAUGACGACACUGGGCUUUUCCAGAUGGGUAGAGGCGAGAAAAGAGCCCACGAGGAGGUGAAUGACGACGCUGGACCUAGUGACGAGGUUAGGGUUAAUAACUUUUUUACUGUAACAAACCUUAAACAAGUAAAGGUAAAAAAGUUUAACACUGUUGGUAGUGAUUAUACCGUUCAAUUCGCGAACACUUUUGCUGAUUUGGAGCUGGAAGAAUAUCAUACUCGCCUUCAUAAAAUCUUUGAAAGUUUGCUUGAAACUGUGACCGGAGGUGUUCCCCUACACGAUCAAGUCCGCUUUGUUUUGCAAUCGCCUCAACUCGAAACCCCUAUUUCAUUACCAUUUAUGCCCCGGGAAAGAUUAACCACUGAACGAGUAUUGGCUGAAGUUGAACGUGUUAUACAAUCUAAUCACGAAUUUCGAUUAAACGAUUCAGUCCAUGUCAAUUUAAUCCAUGUUGAAAUGCCCAACGGCGGUACUGGUACAAAACGUAGUAACAUUAAUUUGGAAAAACAUUUAAUUAACAAAAGAUCAAUUAUUCGUAUUCAAAACAAGGACGACAUUUGUUUAGCGCGUGCUUUAGUCGUUUCAAUUGCCAACAUUGAAAAUGAUAGCCAGUAUAUUUCUAUAAAGGAUUCCCGUGGGCCAUUACAAAAACGAUUAGCUCAUGAUUUGCACCAAAAAGCCGGGGUGGAGAUUGGUUCUUGCGGUUUAGGCGAGGUCAAACUUUUUCAAACGUAUUUAUCGGAUUAUCAAAUCAAUAUCGUUUCAAAAGAGCACCAAAAUUCAAUUAUUUUUUCCGGUCCUGAAAAAGACAAAAUGAUUUAUUUAUUUUUGCAUGAUAUCACUAUGAUGUGUUUACGAGUAUGCCGGCCUUUUUUACCAGAAAACGGUAUUGUCAUACCUGUAAAAAGGGGUAUGAUAAAGUUAUUGACCAUUUGUGUGCUGACGCAUGUAAAUCAUGUCGUUUUCCAAAUUGUCCAAUUGUUUCGUGGCUGCCUUGUGUGGAUUGUAUGCGUGUUUUUAAAAGUCAAGAAUGUUUCGAUCGACAUAAACAAACUGUAGGCAGUGCAAAAUCUAUUUGUGGUUCUUUAGCAAAAUGUCCUGAUUGUCAUACUGUUGUAAAACGGGGUAGAUUGAGGCAGCAUCACUGCGGCUUGACUCGUUGCUCGACAUGUAAGGAAUACGUCUGCCUGGAGAAUCAUCAGUGUUACAUACAACCUGAGAAAGAGAGAAACACGGCCGUCAGCGAGGACACUGACCUUCUUGACACCGAGGCACAUGACGGAGAUGAUGCCCCUCAAAGUGGGUACAACGAACUGCUAUUUUUCGACUUUGAGUGUCGCCAAGAAAAUGGAAAUCAUGAACCCAACUUGUGCGUAGUACAAAACGAAGCAGGAGACGAGUGGGUAUUUGAAGGAGAUAAUACGAGGAAUGAAUUUUGUGAAUGGCUUUUUACAAAGGAACAUGCAAACUGUAUCGUUUUGGCUCACAACUUUCAAGGUUACGACGGUUACUUUAUUCAACAGUACUUACACGAGAAUGGCGUAAUUCCCGAAGUCAUUAUGCGUGGUGCCACGAUCCUAACGUUAAAUGUUCCAAUGUUCAAGAUUAAGUUUGUCGACUCUCUCAGUUUCAUACCGAUGAGACUCGCUGAUUUUCCAAAAACGUUGGGUUUGAACGAACUCGCGAAAGGAUGCUUCCCUCAUCUGUUCAACACAGCCGAGAAUCAAAACUACGUUGGACCCCUACCCCCGAGUCCAUUUUACCAUCCUGAUGGAAUGAGUCCGGAUGAGAAAGAAAAGUUUUUGGAAUGGCAUAAUGGUUUGAAAGAGAACAAUUAUGUGUUCGACUUCCAACAAGAGAUCUUGACUCACUGUCGAUCUGAUGUGGAUAUAUUACGCCGUUGCUGUCUAGAAUUUCGCGAGUUAUUUCGUGGUGUUACAGACAUUGAUCCAUUUGAGAAAUGCCUCACUAUUGCAUCGGCCUGUAAUUUUGUUUUCCGAAAGAACUUCCUAAAAGAAAACACCAUAGCCAUCAUUCCCCCUCACGGUUAUCGUCCCAAAGACAAGCAAUCCCUCUUGGCUAUAAAAUGGCUUUCGUAUAAGGCUGAAAAAGAAGACCUCUACAUUCAACAUGCCCGAAAUGCAGGAGAAAAGCGUGUUGGCAACUAUUUACUGGACGGUUAUGAUGAAGAAACCAACACAGCCUACGAGAUCAAUGGGUGCUUCUGGCACGGUAAGUUAACUCGAAUAAACGCCUCCUUCGAAUAAACACCUUGGAGUAAAAUUAUAUUAUUGUUUUUUACAGGAUGUUUGAAAUGCUAUUCUCGGGACACGAUAAAUCCAGUCAAUGGCAAGACGAUGCAAGAUCUUCAUCAAACCACAGUGGAGAAGAUGAGUUACCUGAAGGAUCAAGGUUUCAGGGUGUGUGAAGUCUGGGAAUGUGACAUCAGGAAAGAAAUGGAACAAAUCAAGAUAUGAAGUGUUAUAAAAAUCCUUUGGAACCACGUGAUGCCUUCUUUGGUGGACGAACUAACACCGCAAAACUGUUCCACGAGUGUAAAGAUGGUGAGAAAAUAAGGUAAGAUGUAAUAAAAAUGAUAAGAACAGUUAUGACGUCAGAGCAAAUAUAUUGAAGACGUCAUCUUUCUCUUAGGUAUGUGGAUUUUACGAGCCUUUACCCAUGGUGCAACAAAAUGACGAGGACAGUUAUUGGCCAUCCCCGCAUCAUCACAGAAAAUUUUGAAGAUAUUUCCACUUACUUCGGCUUGAUUAAAUGCACGGUGCUUCCACCUCGAGGUCUUUUCCAUCCAGUCUUACCUUAUCGAACUCAAGGCAAGUUGAUAUUCCCCCUCUGCAAGUUGUGUGCCGAUACGUGUAAUCAGACCCCCUGUACCCAUUCCGACAACGAAAGAGCCAUUCAAGGAACGUGGUGUAGCGUAGAGUUGGAGAAAGCCCUGGAGAAAGGUUACAGAAUUCUACAGUUGAAUGAAGUAUGGCAUUUUUCUAAAUCCUCCGACCGAUUGUUUAAAGAGUAUGUGGACACCUUUCUCAAGAUCAAACAGGAGUCGCGUGGUUACCCUAAGAAUUGUACCACGGAGGAACAGAGACAACAAUACGUAGACGAAUACCUUGCAGUUGAAGGAAUUCAGUUGGAUCGAAGCAAAAUCGAGCACAAUCCAGGCAUGCGUGCGUUAUCCAAGCUCAUGCUAAACUCGUUUUGGGGUAUGUAUUUUAAACAGUGCAUGUAUUCUAAAUGUCUUUUAGGUGGCAUCCGAACACGUGCAACGUUACCGCUACAAAUACUCAUAAUGUAUUUUUUCUCCAUAGGUAAAUUUGCACAACGUGCGAAUAUGGCUAAAGUUGAAUUGAUCAGUGACGUGCAAAGUACUUUGACUAUCUGACGUCCGACGAAAUCAACGUGCUCGACGCAAAUUUUAUAAGCGAUGAAGUGAUUGAGAUCCACUACGAAAACAACGAAAAUUUUAUAGCGCCAAAUUCCAAAACGAAUGUGGUCAUCGCCGCUUUUACAACCGCUUAUGCCCGACUCAAAUUGUACGAAGUGCUGGAUCAACUGAAUGAAAGAGUGUUGUACUAUGAUACGGACUCGGUAAUAUUCGUCAGCAAACCAGGUGAAUCAGAGCCCCCGUUGGGUCCUUAUCUCGGCCAACUCACUGAUGAAUUAAAAGAAGGGCACAUUACAACCUUCAUAUAUCGGGAGGACCUAAAAAUUACUGCUAUCGGACCAGUUCCAACAAAGUAG